AUGGCAACCCAGUCUCCAGAAAUUCGAAAUCUCCUUGCACACGACAGUAUGGUGGACGAAGUAGAUAACAAGAUGGAUUUCUUCGGUGGACUUAUGAACGCCUUUAUGGAACAAAGGCAUGUCGAUGUAUGGCUCAAAGCAGGUGACGAAACCGAUGCAAUCCCUGCCCACAAACUUAUCUUGGUGGCAAGAUCGAGGAUAUUUAAGUAUAUGUUGGAAUCAGAUGAUUGCAAAGGUCCGUCGAAAGACACAAUCACUCUUUCAGAGAUGACACGGGAUGAGCUAGAGACGUUUCUUGAAUACAUGUACAACGGUUGGCUUGUCGACACAACGCUGGCGAAACACGUCCAUGGACUCUACGCAGCUGCAGACAAGUACGAGGUUCCGUACCUCCAAGAUAUUUGCAGAAACAAGCUCAUUGCCUCAUUGGACCCAUCAAAUGCAUUUGAUGUCCUCGACCUUGCAAAGACUCACUCGGACAGGAUCCUCGAAGAUGAAGUCUACAAGUUUUUCACAUCACAAUUGGACGAAAUUUCUAUGUCGAGUAAGUUCGAAUCGUUUGUGGAGUAUAAUCCGGCUCUUACGGUCCGAAUGAUAAGGGGCUAUGUGAACAAAGUCCAGACUGAGGAAGCGUUCGAAACAGUGAUCCAACAUUUCAAGCACCGAAAUAGCUGCCCAAGUGAGGUACCCACGUGA